AUGCCAGCUCCGCCGAAGUUCCGCCGUUGCAGUCGCUUCAUCACCAGGUCUAUGGUGGACGUCGUCGAGAUGGACACCGUCUGGGGUCGCGAAAUCAGGCUUCUAUCCAUCAGACACCAUCGAUAUGAAAGCUGGAGUCUCGAGGCAUCCACCGAUGAACCGCCGUAUAAUGAGAUCUGCAGAGCAUCGGGCGAAGUCCGGCUUCGUUACCCUCACCAAUCUCGCCACAGCGUCUGGCGGCGAAAGGAUCCGUCAUAUCCCAGCGUGGCGGCAGCGAGAACUCUGAUGAUUCAGUCGCCCUGGAGGGCCGAGAAUUUGGUCGGGAUUCCCAGAGAUUUGUGUGGUUCGCAUUCACGGCGGGGAUGGCUUUUCCGGCAGAUUCCCGAUGGUUUCGACAUCGCCGAUCUGAUGGAGUUGCCAAAGGCCACUUCUGAAGUGCCUAACUGCCAAAAGGCCAAAACACGUUUCAUUCUUCUUCGGCCACUUCAACCUCGUCCUUGCCGCCGUGAACCGCCCGGUAUGGGAUGA